CCUUUCCUUAAAAAUUAGUAAAGAGAGUGAUGGAUACAUUGAGAGCAAUAGAUCCAAAUUCUGUAACGUGGAAAUGUAUUAAAAGCGAGGGUCUUGAUGUAGAUUAUGCUGUACCAAUACCCAGAACAGUAGCCAACAGUUUAUUUCAAGAACUUGAAGAUACUUUGGAGUAUUUCACAGGAGAUUUGUCUAAAAUCAAGGUUUUCGGGAAAGUGUAUCCUGUGCCUCGUCAACAAGUAGCGUACGGUGAUCCGGGCAUUACAUACACUUAUUCAGGAGUGACGGUGCCUGCUCUUCCCUGGCCUGCCCCAGUCCGCGCUCUGCGCGACUUCCUCGUGAUACUCAAAGGGAUUACAUAUGACUUUGUAUUAGUCAACAAAUACAGGAAUGGUAACGAUCAUAUGGGCGAACACAGAGACAAUGAACCCGAAUUAGAUCCUAGCCAACCCAUAGCUUCUGUCUCUUUAGGACAAGAAAGAACUUUUGUCUUAAAACACAAAGACGCAAGGAAGCCAGGAAAAGACAAAAAGCUAAUACCACCAGUAAAAAUUGAACUGGAACAUGGAAGUGUGCUAUUUAUGAACCCACCGACCAACGAAGUAUGGUACCAUUCUUUGCCUGUGCGGAAGAAAUUACAAGGCGCAAGAAUCAAUCUCACUUUCAGGAAAAUGCGAUCAUUAUUAAAAUAAUUUUAGGAGUAAAUAAUAAAUUGUCUAAGUCUUUUACAACGUGUCUAAAAUUAAUUUUUUCUCCAAUC